AUGGCUACAAUAUUGAAUUUUGAAAUAAAAAUAUGGAAAAAUCUAAUGCAAAAUACGUAUUAUCGAACUAUUCAUAAUCAGAUUUUAUAUCUAUUUUAUUAUGAUGAAUUAAUUCAUCGAAAAUUCAUGUUAAUCAAUAACGUUCAUGUGAAACCUAUGGGCAGAAUUGUACGUCCACAUAAGAAUAAAAUUCUAUUGGCAUUAACAUCAAUUUUGGUCACAUUGGUCUCUAUUCUGAUGAUACAACAACCACAAUGGAUACGAAAUUAUGUUUCAUUGUGUAUAUUAACACGAAUGUUUCCCACAGAAGGUAUCAAAUAUUUAUCAGCAUCAAUUGUUAUGUGUACAAUAAACAAUAUGAUGAAUGCAUUUUAUGCAACAUCAACACGUUAUGAACAAUUUCAAUUCUUAUUACCAAUAAACGAUGAACGAUGGCGUAAUUUGAAUAAACAAGAUUCCGGUCGUUAUGAAAUGAACAAAGAUUAUGUAUUCUAUAGCACGAUGUGCAAUAAUAUCGAUCGGUACAUUAUUUGCAAUUGCAAUGAUUAUGAUGAUAAUGUUGAAAUCAUUAUGGAAAAUUUCAAUAUUUUGGACAAUAUUUUGGCCAUUUAUCAUGUAUAUUUGGACAUAUCAUACAGGUUCAGCAUUUUUGCAUAUUACAUCAUUCAUAUUUAUAUUACAAUAUUAUCUAAAUCUACGACAACAAUCAUUUUUAAGAAUAAUGCAACGUUUAUUAUUGUUUGCCUAUAA